GUGACAUCUUUGACGCCAUGUUCCCUGUCAUGCACAUCGCCGGGGAGACCGUCAUACAGCAAGGGGACGAAGGAGAUAACUUCUAUGUGAUCGACCAAGGAGAAGUAGAUGUGUAUGUGAACGGAGAGUGGGUGACCAGCAUCAGCGAAGGGGGCAGCUUUGGGGAGCUGGCACUCAUCUAUGGCACCCCCAGGGCGGCGACCGUGAAAGCCAAGACAGACCUCAAGCUCUGGGGCAUCGACCGGGACAGCUAUCGGCGCAUCCUCAUGGGCAGCACACUGAGAAAGCGCAAGAUGUAUGAGGAGUUUCUCAGCAAGGUCUCCAUCCUGGAGUCCCUGGAGAAAUGGGAGCGCCUGACCGUGGCGGACGCCCUGGAGCCCGCACAGUUUGAGGACGGAGAGAAGAUCGUGGUCCAGGGGGAGCCUGGGGAUGACUUCUUCAUCAUCACGGAGGGCACGGCCUCCGUCCUCCAGCGCCGGUCCCCCAACGAGGAGUACGUGGAGGUGGGGCGCCUGGGGCCCUCUGACUACUUCGGGGAGAUCGCGCUGCUGCUGAACCGGCCCCGGGCGGCCACCGUAGUGGCCCGGGGGCCCCUCAAGUGCGUCAAGCUGGACCGGCCCCGCUUCGAGCGUGUGCUGGGCCCCUGCUCCGAGAUCCUCAAGAGGAACAUCCAGCGUUACAACAGCUUCAUCUCCCUCACCGUCUGAGCCCUGCAGCCCUGCGGCCCCGCUUCUGUGUGGUGGCGUGCUCGUCUGUAUCCGUGGGCCGUGGGGGGUGGGCGCCCCGGACACCCGGGCCCGCCCUUCCCUCCGGACUCAUGUUUGGAAUAAAACAGUCACCCUGUGCAUUGCAAAAACAAAGGUCCCCCAAGACCCCCAGGCCGAGGAGAUGCCAGCGGCCCCUCCCCACGUCCCUCCCCCUCUGCAGCUGGUGGGCUCAUCUUCUCGGGGCCCAAGCCUCUGGAGGCACACGAGCCAGCUUGCCCCCAGUGGCCGAGGGGCCAGCCAUGAGUCCAGGCUGGCCCGAGUAGGCUGGGUUGGCUGGGUCAGGCCAUGCAGGUGCCACCGUGCCCUGGGGCCUUGAAUGUCACGUGAUGAGGGCUGCAGUCCCCAGUGUGGCUCGCUGACCUCCAGGGGGGUGUCCCAGAGGGACCCCAGCUUCCAGGGGAAGUCAGUGUAAGGGAGAGAAGGCCCCAGCUCCUGAGGGUCCUGCCAGAGACGACAGGCAUGAGAGCUUCUGGUGACCCUCCCUUGCCCCUGGACCCAGGCUCACAGGAACCCUUAGAGGAGGGACGGGGUCGAGUGGCGUGCCGUCGCCUUCCCUGGAGCUGGGGAUGCUCCACCAUCUGGGGAGCAUUGUCCUCCUGGAGUUGGGGUGGGGCCUGGAUGACGUCUGCUCUUCAACUUGUUUGCAAAGCAGCUUCUUGGAGACUUUCUGAGGGAGGGGAGGGGUUUUCUAGGCACAUGGAUAAAGUUGUGAGAGCCAGGGUCCCCUUCUGAGUUGUCCAGCGAUGCCCACUGGACAUGUGCCCUUGCCCUGGGAGACAAGUGUGGACCAAGGUCCCACCCUCCUGAAGCAGGAAAAGUAGCAAACAGCUCCAGGCCCCACACUCUCAAGUCCAUGGUCCACUGAGUGCCCCCAUAGAUGUGUUUUCCGUCCAAGCACCCCGCGAACAAAGAGGCCUGGGGGCGGUGCAGAGCCUCAUGGUGGCUCCCGGAGUCACAAACGAGAUGGUGCAGUUACCCCGAUUUUGCUCUUCCUGCGCACGUCCGGGAGGCUGCCGGUCCCAGGUGGCCCCCGGACAGCCCUGCCUUUGCCCGUGGAUUUUCUGUGAUGCCUGCCCUAUUUAUCGCGACGUUCUGAAUGCUGCAUGUAAUAUUAAAUGUGCAAUGAAGUAUUUCCUCCCGA